UUGAGUUCCAGGGAAAAGCGAACACAUUCCGUUUUAAUCCAGAGGUCUGGGCUACACGGGAUAUAGAGGAAGAACUAUUUUAAGGCAGAAAAACAAGACAUCCGGCGUAAUAGGUCUCGGUGAACCAUUGCCCAGGAAUAGAAGCUCGCGAGAUUUCUGCAGUUGCCGAGGAGACGAAGAGGAGGAGGAGGAGGAGGAGGAGUGGUGAUCUCGCGAAAGGAAAGACGUCGGGAGCGCUCGCGAGAUCUCAGACCACCGGACCCGAAAGGUUUUUAGGAAGUUUAAGGGCCCAGAGGGGCCCGCGGGGCAAAUGGCUGGAGCUGGGCCGACCAUGCUACUACGAGAGGAGAAUGGAUGUUGCAGCCGGCGACAAAGCAGUUCCAGCGCCGGGGACUCGGAUGGGGAGCGCGAGGACUCGCCGGCUGCGCGUGCCCGGCAGCAAUUAGAGGCGCUGCUCAACAAGACUAUGCGCAUUCGAAUGACAGAUGGACGGACACUGGUCGGCUGCUUCCUCUGUACCGACCGCGACUGCAAUGUCAUCCUGGGUUCGGCGCAGGAGUUCCUCAAGCCGUCGGAUUCCUUCUCUGCCGGGGAACCCCGUGUGCUAGGCCUGGCCAUGGUACCGGGACACCACAUCGUUUCUAUUGAGGUGCAAAGGGAGAGCCUUGCAGGGCCUCCGUAUCUCUGACCAUAAUUAGGCAUGUCUUUCAAACCUCAUUAAAUUUAUGACUGAU